AUGCGACCACCCGCGAUGUUGCACAGCACAGCAGUUCUGGAUAUGUGGAAUUUCAUAUUUUCUGCUUUCGAUGCAGUCUUGUUAUGGCCCAACAGAGUUUCAGCGUAGCGGAGUAUCUAUUAUCUAGCAGAGUCAGUCACAGUUUCUCUUUCUUGUUUUUAGUAGUAGCAGGGCUAGCUUAGGUGAGCAAAUGUGGUACUCAUGGUCUUUAAGUGGUAGUCAGUGUAAGCACAUAGAUCGAAGCUGUGUGACGUACUUCUGGCUCCUCACAAUGACCGAUGCAUACAAAUACUUGAUAUUCACCCUAGCCAUACCACGAAUUACAUUCUCUAAUAUCGAGUUUCCAAAUCCCGCUUCACCUGUGCAUCGGAGUCUUUUGCAAUUUUGUGCAGAGAACCUUGUGUCAAUUUGCGGAGCAGGCGUCGCAACCCGAGCGACUCACUCCAGAUGUGUUUCCUCUAGCGCAGAAAGCCAAACUUAAGAACGGAAACAAUCGCAACGCAGUGCAGCUUGUUCUGAGUGUAAAAAGAAUCACUUAACUUUGGUCUCUUUCGGUCUAUCUCAUCAUGAUGGUCGUUUUCUUGUCUCGUUUUACAAGCUCGUCUUGUCCAUCAACAUGUCCGAGAACGAGCACGGGACAAGUAGAUGGAGAUAUAAGUAUAAUUUAACCCAUACCUAGUGGUUAGAAACUUCGCCCUACUAGUCCCACCUCAUACUAUUAUACAUAGUUAGAUACAUCAGCCACCCUUUUGGUAUUUCUCUCAUUCCUUAGGUGUCGCAGGAGUGGCAGUAGUGCUCAAAGAUCGUAAUUAUACUGCUCAGAAACUUUUAUCAGGUGUCGUAGUACUGGAACAAGAGGUGCUUAGAAGCUUUUUGAAGAUAGAGGAAAGGCUUGGACUUCUAGCGCUAAAAUCUGCGUGUUUUUGGACUUAAAGCUUCCAGACAGCGACUACGGUCAGGACUCCGACACGUCCGAAGAAAUUUAA